GGCGGCGGCGGCAGCAGCGUCGGGCUCACCAAGAACUUUUUCCGCAACGGGAAAUGGCUGCGGUGGCUGCCAGUGCCUCUGGAUGGAGGCGCGCUGAGUGCUGCUGAAUCUGCAUUUGAACAUUUUUGUAUUAAAGAUCUUUGGAAAAGUGUUUGAGUCUCUUAAUGGACAUCUGCUUUUACAGUAUGGCCCAGAUAUCUAACAGCAAUGAAUUCAAACAACGUUUAUCACCAUCUUUGGGCACAGCAAGGGCAAAAGAAGUGGACAAAGAAGAAGCAUUGCAAAUGGAAGCAGAGGCUCUGGAAAAGAUGCAAAAGGAGAAAACAGUAGCAUAUAAUAGACAAAAUAUUGACACUUUAAGCAGCUCUUGGCCAAAUGUACAGUCCCACAGGAAACAAGACUAUGAUCUUAUGGUAUUUCCAGAAUCUGAUGUUAAGAAAACGGUGGGUGACAAGUUAAACACCAUUGACUUAGAGAAAAUUACCCACGCUGAACUGGAGAAACUACUACUGGAGGAUAACUUUGAAGCCAGCAAACCACCUACAUUACCACCAACUCCUAUUAUGAGUCCAUCGUUCUCUUCACAAUUUUAUGCUAGCUCCGCUGCUCAGAGAGGACAGUGGACAACUGGGUUGCCUGGACCGUCAGCUUGCACUGUACCUUCUGUUUACUCUGCACCUUCUUACAGUAAACAAGUUGGUAUCUUUCAGAAUGGCUACCAUCCAGGUAUAUCUGCUUACCAGUCUACAAAGCCUGUUUAUCUUGGUCUUCCAGAGAGGUCACCAUAUAUUUCGUACUCGCUGCCUCCUGUCACAACUUUCCAUCCACAAGGAAGUUUGCCUGGAUAUCAUUCAACUCUUACACCUGAAAUGGCAAAAGUAUUUGAUAAGAUAGCAAGCACUUCUGAAUUUCAAAAAAAUGGGAGAUCAGGCACAGACUUAGAAGUGAUUGAUGCUAAAUCUACAAUUACUUUGCCAGCUUCUGAAAAUGCCAAUGAUAUUAGUAAAUUUGACUGGUUGGAUUUGGAUCCUUUAAGUAAACCAAAAGUGGACAAUGUGGAUAUUUUGUACACUGCAGAAAAUUCUGGAAAGAUUACUUGUAGUAUAGUUGUUGAAGAUCCGUGGGAUGCUGUUCUGCAGGAGGAAAAGUCCACAGGAAAAUGCCUUCUUGAAAGAAAAGUUAGUGGGAAAUCUACUUCCGGGGCUACAGUUACAAGAAGUCGGUCUUUAAACUUUCGAACUGCUCAGCUUCCUAAGGUACAGGGCCAGUCAUCACAGACCGACAGUGGGACCACUAGCCGAUCAACAGAAAAUAAGCUUCUCAAAAAUCUUGAAGGGCAAAAUCAAGAACAAGCUGCUUUUUGUGACACAAUUGCAAAGUUGAGGACCAAAUUUCCUUAUACCAAUCAUGAUACAAACUCAGGCUUUGUUUGGAGUCCAGUCAUGUUGCAAAGAAACAUCAGUGGAGAGAAUUCUAGCAUCAAGAUUUCAAUAGAAAUUGAAGGUUUCCAACAGCCAGUAACAUUCACAUGUGAUGCAAGUUCUCCAGUUGAGCUUAUAAUAAUGCAAGCACUUUGCUGGGUGCACGAUGACUUGAAUGACGUAGACAUUGGCAGUUACAUACUGAAAGUUUGUGGAGAAGAAGAAGUUUUGCAGAAUAAACACAGUGUAGGCAGCCAUGAAUACAUUCAGAAUUGUCGAAAGUGGGACACAGAGAUUAAAUUGCAGCUCUUGACUCGAAGUCUAAUAUGCAGAGAUCUGGCACGAACAGAAGAUGAUGAGACACCUGUUGAUUUAACGAAGUAUCUCUACCAUGUAGAAAAACUUUUCAGGGAGAGUAUUCACAGUCACUCUCUUGAAGAGCUGUUAGAAGCUUAUCAUAAUCAAGUUGACAUACUUCUUAAAAAUGAGAAGAAUCAACUUAAAGCAGUAGAGCAGAUCAUUAAGGCUGUUAAAAAAAUUUGCUGUACGUUGGAUGAAGUGGAGACCCCAGAAAUAACAACAUCUGUAAAGAAGCUAAGAAGAGCAGUUAAUCUUCCAAGAAGUAAAAGUCCUGAGGUGUCUUUGACGUCUUCUGAUGAUACUAGCAAGGAUGCACUUGCUUCAUCACAACCUGCAAACCCUUUGCAAACAAGCAUAGAUCAGCUGACCUCAGCAGUUUAUACCCUUCUUCAACUGUACUUGAAUUCAUGUGGCAGUUCUGCAUACACUCCAAAGAAUAAUAGAAGCACUAAAGAAGCAUGGACCACCACAGAGCACCUCCAGUUCACAAUAUUUGCUGCUCAUAGAAUUCUCAGUAGCUGGGUUUCAAUUUAUGAAAAAUACUACUUGGUUUGCUCUUUGACCCACAAUGGAAGAGACCUAUUCAAACCUGUGCACUCCAAAAAAGUUGGCACAUACAAGAAUUUCUUCUAUUUGAUUAAAUGGGAUGAAUUGAUAAUUUUCCCCAUCCAGAUCUCUCAGUUGCCGUUAGAAUCUAUCUUAUGCAUUACACUCUUUGGAAUAUUAAAUCAAAAUGGUGGAAGUUCACCUGAUACAAAUAAACAGAGAAAAGGCUCAGAGAUGUUGGGUCAAGUUUCCUUACCUCUCUUUGACUUUAAACGACUAUUGACUAGUGGAACUAAACUUUUACACCUUUGGACAACUUCCAACCUUGUGCCUGGAGUAGCCCUUAAAAAAGGAAAUCUGAUGGAAAGAAUAGUAUUGCAGGUUGACUUUCCAUCCUUACUAUUUGAUAUUAUAUACAAGACUCCUCAAGCUGCAAAUACUUCCCUAUGUUGUUCUAUAGAGGCAUUGGAAAAUGAUUCAAGAGAACGUCUUCUUUCCAUUUUUUCCAAAGAGGGUAUUCUUGGGCUGUCCAAGAAGGAUAAAGCCUUUUUGUGGGAAAAGCGACAUUAUUGCCAUACAGAUGCAAACAGUCUUCCAAAGCUAUUGGCAAGUGCCCCAAACUGGGACUGGACAAAUCUCCCUGAAAUAUAUUCUCUGCUUCAGCAGUGGCCUCCCUUGUCACCUCUGACUGCCUUAGAAUUACUGGACUCCAAUUUUGCAGAUCAGGAAGUAAGAACAAAAGUUGUGCAGUGGAUUGAGGCAAUCAGUGAUGAUGAACUUGUUGACUUUCUUCCUCAGUUUGUUCAGGCACUAAAAUAUGAAACAUAUCUGGACAGCUCUCUAGUCAGAUUUCUUUUGGCUCGAGCAUUAGGAAGUAUUCGAAUAGCACACUAUUUGUAUUGGUUACUGAAAGACAGCUUACAUGAUGUCAGAUAUGGCCUAAGGUAUGAGCUUAUCCUUGGCGCAUUCCUUUCAGUCUGUGGAAGAAGACUGAGAGAAGAGUUGGAAAAGCAGACAAGACUGGUACAAAUCUUGGGAAUGGUAGCAGAAAAAGUAAAGCAAACGAGUGGCUCUGCCAGACAGGUUGUCUUGCAAAGUGGAAUGGAACGUGUGCAGUCGUUUUUCUUAAAAAACAAAUGCCGUUUGCCUCUUAGUCCAAGCCUUAUAGCAAAAGAACUGAAUGUCAAGGCAUGUUCCUACUUCAGUUCAAACGCAGUACCUCUUAAAGUUGCUUUGGUGAAUGCUGAUCCAUUGGGAGAAGAAAUUAAUGUUAUGUUUAAGGUUGGAGAAGAUCUGCGACAGGAUAUGUUGGCAUUACAAAUGAUUAAAAUUAUGGAUAAGAUCUGGUUACAGGAAGGGCUGGAUCUCCGGAUGGUUAUCUUCAAAUGUAUUUCAACUGGCAAAGACAGAGGAAUGGUGGAGCUUGUUCCUGCUUCAGAUACACUUAGGAAAAUUCAAGUGGAAUAUGGGGUGACCGGAUCCUUUAAAGACAAGCCCCUUGCAGAAUGGCUGAGAAAAUACAACCCUACCGAAGAAGAAUAUGAAAAGGCUUCUGAAAACUUCAUCUACUCUUGUGCAGGAUGUUGUGUAGCUACAUAUGUCCUAGGUAUCUGUGACCGCCACAAUGACAACAUAAUGCUUCGCAGCACAGGGCAUAUGUUUCAUAUUGAUUUUGGAAAGUUUUUGGGCCAUGCACAGAUGUUUGGAAGUUUUAAGAGGGACCGGGCUCCUUUUGUGCUAACGUCAGAUAUGGCCUAUGUCAUCAAUGGUGGUGAAAAGCCUACCAUUCGUUUCCAGUUGUUUGUUGACCUCUGCUGCCAGGCAUAUAACCUGAUCAGGAAACAAGCCAGCCUUUUUCUUAAUCUGCUGUCACUGAUGCUCUCUUCUGGAUUGCCAGAACUUACUGGAGUUCAAGACUUGAAAUAUGUCCAGGAUGCUCUUCAACCUCAAACUACAGAUGCAGAAGCCACAAUUUUCUUUACAAGACUGAUUGAAUCAAGUUUGGGAAGUGUUGCCACAAAGUUUAAUUUCUUCAUUCACAACCUUGCUCAGCUCCGCUUUUCAGGCCUACCUUCCAAUGAUGAGCCCAUACUCUCUUUCUCUCCUAAAACAUACUCACUUAAACAAGAUGGCCGUAUCAAGGAAGUAUCUGUAUUUACAUACCACAAGAGAUACAGCCCAGAUAAAUAUUAUAUCUAUGUUGUCAGAGUUUUAAGGGAGGGGCAAGUUGAACCCACAUUCAUCUUUCGGACAUUUGAUGAAUUUCAGGAACUCCACAACAAGCUUGGCAUCCUGUUUCCUCUUUGGAAAUUACCUGGCUUUCCUAACAAGAUGGUUCUUGGAAGGACUCACAUAAAGGAUGUAGCUGCCAAGAGGAAAGUAGAGCUGAACAGCUACAUACAGAGUUUAAUGAAUACAUCGACCGAUGUGUCAGAGUGUGAUCUUAUUUAUACUUUCUUCCACCCCUUACUCCGUGAUGAAAAAGCUGAAGGAAUUGAUGGAAUAGCUAGGUGUACUGAUACAUGUCCUUCAAGUCCCACCGCAGGAAAAGUAGGAGGAGAAGUCAAGUUGUCUAUCUCAUAUAGAAAUAGCACUCUGUUUAUCAUGGUGAUGCACAUUAAAGAUCUGGUUACUGAUGAUGGCACAGACCCCAAUCCAUAUGUGAAAACGUACCUGCUUCCAGACGUACAUAAAACAUCUAAACGGAAAACCAAAAUAUCACGGAAAACGAGGAAUCCUACAUUCAAUGAAAUGCUUGUGUACAGUGGGUAUAGCAAAGAGACAUUAAAGCAGAGGAUUCUUCAGCUAAGUGUACUCAGUGCUGAAUCUCUACGAGAAAACUUUUUCCUGGGAGGUGUCACUCUGUCCUUAAGGGAUUUUAAUUUGAAUAAGGAGACUGUCAGCUGGUAUCGGCUGACUGCUGUACCAUACUUGUGAGCUUAAUAAUUCAUAAAGAUGAAAAUAAUAGAAUUGAGCAAACUUGACUCCACUACUAUCUGGUCACUUUUCCUACUUGAAGACAACUUGUACACUUUAGCAUAAGACACUGCAGUUCAUCAGAUAAUGGUUGGUCCAGCCUUCAGAAAGUUUAAACAGGACUUCUGAGAAAUGGUUCUGCAAUAUGCUUUUACUGUAAUAAAACUUUGAUGUAAAUUAUGUACAUUUAAUACUUGUGGAUAGUUCUAAACUAUGACUAGAUGUUCCAAAUUAAUUCUUGGGGGGAAGGGUCUUUUUUAUUCAGUCAAAUUUGAAUUGCUUGCCCUUUGAUAUAUUGCAAGCUGCUUUAUAUUUCUGCUGAUGUCAUAUGCACCACCAUGUUGUAAAAAUACCAGUGUAAAAAAACCUGCUCUUUUUCAGGAAAGUGUUAGUUGCAGCACAAACAGUCAAAAGGGAAGGUUGGACAGAAAGCUGACAAAUUUCCUUAUUGUCUAUAACACUAUUAAAUCUCCUUAAGGCUAUCUGAAUGUCAAUAAUGAAAGUUACAAAUUAUAGUGCCUUAUUUUGUCAUUCAACUGCUUCUUGAAUUUCACUUCUGAUAUUUAAAAACAUUUCUUACUUAGAAAUAUGUAACCAACAUUUUUAUCCAGCUCUUUUAAAAUUUGUUUCUUCAUGUGGCUCACUAUAUAAGUAUUUUAUUGAAUAUUUCUCUUUACAUUUGUUGAGUUUCCUACAUCAAAUCCAAAUGAUGCCAAACAUUUAAAUGCUUAUCCACCUUACCCUGUGUUCUUUAGUAUUUUUAACUGCAAAUAUUACAUGGAUGCACAUUAAAAUGACUUCGUUAUGGCUUGAUAUACAAAUCAUACAUUUCCAAAAAUUAGAACUUCAAAGAGCGAAGGACCAUAAUAUCAGUUGCUGAUUGAAAAUAAGUUGCACUAUUAACGUUUGAUGAUGAAAUUGACACAUUGAAACCUUGAAUUAGUUAAGUAUACUUUUCAGGAGCAUUAAAAAGUAAUCCGCCAAGCACUUUAUUCAUUUCAAUAGAACUUGGCUUCCCUUUAUUGAAAUGAAUGGAAGAUGCUCUGCAUAAGCCCUGAAUAGAUUGUAGCCUAAAUCCACUGACUAACUUGAUCUAAAUUGUUACAUUUGUGUGGCAUUUAAGGAUAGAUUGGAUAUAAAUGCAAUUAGUAUCUCCCAUAAAAACUGUCUGAUGUAGAAAGGAAGCUUAAAUGAACAAUAUUUUAAUGCUAAAACCCAAAUAAUUUUUAAUAAAGAUAACACUGUCACAAUUCUCCAUGACAGAAAAGUUCAUGCAAAAUAUACAAUGACCAAUGAACAUAUGGGAGACAAUGACAAUCUUUGUUUUAGUUACCUAGAAAUAAAAUACGCUCUAAUUUAUUUCCUAUAAAGGAUAGUGACCAACCCCUGUUGCAAACCCAAUAGAGCAAAGUACAAGCACAUGAAUUUUUGGUGCCUGACAUGGUCCAACUGUACACAGUAAAACCUUAAAGUGUCUCCCUGAAUAUUAAAACUGCUAUUGUGGCUAAAGGAAGCUACUUUUUAAAAAAAGCCUAAAUUCUAUUAGUAAUUAUUCCCCAAUAUGUAAAUAGUAAUCGUAGAGUAAAUAGAAUAACUAACUAGAUUGUAUUUCCUGAUCACUUGAUGCUUUUUGAGACUCAUUCCAUUCCAUCCACAGAACCACAAGUAAUUUAAACAGGAAAGUAGACUACUGUUUUCAUGAAACGUUCCAUUAAAGUAAUUGAAAGGAAAUAUGUACUGCUUUUUUGCAGUCUGUUACUAGAGCACAGUAUUUUACAGCACAAAGCUAUAGGUUGAAAAGGUUAUUUUCAUAACAUUUGUCUGUGACUUCUUAUGUGCUGUGCUGUACUUCUUUUUGUAGCCUUUGUUGGCAUCUUCCAUAAUUCAAGCCUGGGACUUUGUCCACCUUCAUCACUUUUCACAUGAUGUACACAUUGGCUAAAUUUGUUUGGACACAUCUUUUUUAAAAAAUGUUGUCCCCAUCAAAAAUUGUACAGGUACAUAAAGUUUUCAUAUUUUUGAACUAUUUAUGAUAAUAUUGAUUCCCAACAGAUAAUUCUCCAAUUUAUAAAAUAUGUUCUACUUUUGAAACCUGACGUACACAAUGGAAUGGGGGGAUAAUUGGAGUGAAAGUUAACAAUUUACUAAUUUUUUUAAAAUGGGGUGGUACCAUGACACUUUUAUACUUUGCUUAAUCAAAUAAAGUGCAACAUAUAUGGACUGCAGCCAGAAAUAGAUUUGUGUCAACUUACAUUUAUUUUUGACAUUUUUAAGGAAAAUAUCUUCCUGUAAGAAAAAUGACUUCCACUUUUUCUGUACUAAAUAUCUUGGUUAGGACUUUGCACUGAAGUUUUUUUAUUACUGCCUUUUUAUGAUGAAUACACACAUACACGCACAUACACACAAGCACAAGCGUUGAUACUUCUCUAUUUUCAAAAUUAAAAAUGUGUAAAAAUUUUACUAUCUUGCCUUAAAUCCAACUGUGUUUCUGGAAUACAGUGCAGCAUUCAAACUGAACGGUAUGUCCAGGAGUGUUAUGAUGAUGGUGGGCUGAAGCAUGCUUAAGUCUGUGUUGAAUUGUAACCUAUGCAUGUUACACAGAGGAAAUUUUUCAGGCAAUAUUGUACCAUUAUAACCCAUAGGAAUUUUUCCUCCUAUGCUUUGUACUCUCAUACUGUGACUACAGCUACCACAAAGGUUUAUAGAUAAUGCAAUUUAUUGUGAACAGUUUGCCCUGAAUUGUCUAUUCAUCUGUAAGAACCAAAUACUUCAGUUAUAUUACAUUGAUAGAUAAUAAAGAUGUACAGUAUUUCUAUCCAUAUCCUAACCCAUAAUACAUGGGUUAAAUGUGACUCCAUAACUGUCCUACAAUUACAUUAAACACUAUUCUG